GUUUGUCCAUGUUAGUGAUCAAAAGAAAAAGUCAACAUACGAGGAGGUUAAUAUACCCCAGCCGACAAAGAGAAACCAAAGCUACAAGAAAUCAGUAGAAAAACAAUUGAAGUCCAACCAAGUAAGAAUCAUAAGCAAUUCCUAACCAACAACAAUCCUGAGAAUUCAGUGUAAAUGGCGAGAGCAACCACAAAAUCGCGCCAUAUUCUUCUUGACUUCAAAAUUUAUACACUCAUUCUGCUGCUGUUGAUGAUUCCUGGAACCAUUGCUUGGACUGGUGAAAUCCGUGGCAGAAUUGUCUGUGAUGUUUGUGGGGAUUCCUCUAUUGGUCCCGAAGAUCAUGUUCUUGAAGGGGCCGAGGUAGCUGUUCUAUGCAUAACUAAAGCCGGGGAGGUUGUGAACUACCAAGCGUUCACCGAUUCCAAAGGAAUAUACACAGUUGCAGAAACAAUGUCCGAAAGCGAACGUUGGGAUGCAUGCCUAGUGCGACCGAUAAGCAGCUUUCAUGAAAGGUGUAAUCAUCUUAGGGAUGGAAGCUCAGGUGUCAAGUUCACAUAUAAGCGUCAUUCAGGACGUUCUUACACUCUCAAGCCUUUUGUCUAUCGAUUUGCCAGUGCCCCAAUCUAUUGCUGAGCUUUUGCUGUGGAAGUUAUUAAUUUUUGUGUGCUUGACAUCGUGCAUAUGAUCGAGUAGGAUGGAUUGUAUAAUAUGGCUA